GACGCAAGCCACAAGGAUCGGACAGUUUAAAGGCGUCUCCAGUUUCUCAGGAAACGAACGAAAACAUACGAAGAAUAACACAAACACAUUGGCCCUCAUGGCCGUUUCCUCUGUCUCUUCAAUCUUCCUCUUCCUCUGUCUCGGUGUUAUAAUUCCUCUUACGCUCUCAACCUCGUCGGACCGUCCGCAAACCUUCAUCGUCCACGUCUCCCAAUCACACAAGCCCUCCCUCUUCGCCUCCCACCACCACUGGUACGAAUCGAUCGUCCAAUCCCUCCCUCCCUCCCCACACCCCACCGCCAAGAAGAUCCUCUACUCCUACGACCGAGCCGUUAAUGGCUUCUCCGUCCGCCUCACCCCAACCCAAGCCGCUCAGCUCGGCCAUAUCCCUGGCGUUCUCUCCGUCAUGCCCGAUCAGGCGCGUAAGCUCCAUACGACUCGCACCCCGCAUUUCCUGGGCCUGGCCGAUGAUUUUGGAAUCUGGCCCAACUCCGAUUAUGCAGACGACGUUGUAGUCGGAGUUCUUGAUACCGGAGUCUGGCCAGAACGGCCGAGUUUCUCAGACUCGGGCCUGUCCCCUGUCCCGGUCGGCUGGAAAGGCGUAUGCGAGACAGGGCCUGAUUUCCCAGCUUCGGCUUGUAACAGAAAGAUUAUCGGUGCGAGAGCUUUCUACAAAGGAUACGAAUCGUAUUUGGAGAGACCCAUGGACGAGUCGACGGAAUCGAAAUCUCCGAGAGAUACCGAAGGCCAUGGUACUCACACAGCAUCAACGGCUGCGGGAUCUGUUGUCUCCAAUGUUAGCUUCUGCGGAAUAUAUGCUAAGGGUGAAGCAAGAGGCAUGGCAACCAAAGCCCGAAUCGCCGCGUACAAGAUUUGCUGGAGUUUUGGCUGUUUCGAUUCCGAUAUACUCGCCGCCAUGGACCAAGCCAUUGCCGAUGGGGUCCAUGUAAUCUCUCUUUCCGUGGGAGCCAACGGUUACGCUCCUCCUUACUCUAAAGACUCCAUAGCAAUCGGAGCCUUCGGCGCAGCCCAGCACGGAAUUCUCGUUUCAUGCUCUGCGGGAAAUUCUGGCCCUAGCCCAUAUACGGCUGUGAAUAUUGCUCCCUGGAUUUUAACCGUAGGUGCUUCCACCAUUGACAGAGAGUUUCCGGCUGAUGUGGUUCUAGGAGAUAGCAGGAUUUUCGGCGGCGUCUCGCUCUAUUCGGGCGAGCCUCUUGUUGAUUUCAAGCUUCCGUUGGUCUAUGCCGGAGACAUUGGAAGUAGGUAUUGCAAUAUGGGGGGCCUUCAACCUUCCAAAGUCACCGGGAAAAUCGUUGUCUGCGAUCGCGGAGGGAAUGCGAGGGUUGAGAAAGGAAGCGCGGUGAAGCUCGCCGGUGGCCUCGGAAUGAUUCUUGCUAAUACAGCCGACAGCGGAGAAGAGCUCAUCGCUGAUUCGCAUCUUAUACCGGCGACUAUGGUGGGUCAGAUUGCCGGUGAUGAGAUAAAGAAUUACAUCAAGUUGAGCCAGCUCCCAACCGCCACAAUUGAGUUCCGUGGGACUGUAAUAGGCACUUCACCACCGGCUCCAAAGGUCGCAGCCUUUUCGAGCCGCGGUCCGAAUCAUCUAACAGCGGAGAUUCUCAAGCCGGAUGUUAUAGCUCCAGGUGUUAACAUUUUGGCUGGCUGGACUGGUUCCAUUGGUCCAACCGACUUGGACAUUGAUCCUAGGCGUGUGGAAUUCAAUAUAAUUUCUGGCACUUCUAUGUCUUGCCCUCAUGUCAGUGGCAUAGCGGCCUUGCUUCGAAAAGCUUAUCCCAGUUGGUCACCUGCUGCUAUUAAAUCAGCUCUAAUGACCACAGCUUACAAUGCAGACAAUUCCGGGAAAAAUUUCAAAGAUCUUACGACCGGCAACGAAUCGACGCCCUUCAUUCACGGGGCUGGACAUGUUGAUCCGAAUAGAGCUCUUAAUCCUGGGUUGGUCUACGACAUGAAUGUCAGCGACUAUGUUGCAUUCCUUUGUGCCAUUGGGUAUAAUGCUCAAAGCAUUGCGGUUUUCAUGAGAGAGCCUGCCGGUUCAGAUAUAUGCGCAAAAAAAUUGGCCAGUCCGGGCGAUUUGAAUUAUCCAUCAUUCUCGGUAAUUUUCAAUUCCAACCAAGAUUCGGUUACGUAUAAGAGAGUUGUGACAAACGUUGGAAGUUCGGUCGAUGCAGUUUAUGAGGUGAAAGUAAAUGCUCCAGCAGAUGUUAAGAUCAGUGUUUCGCCUAGCAAGCUUGUAUUCAGCGCGGAAACUCAGACCCAAACAUACGAGAUUUCCUUCGCCAGUGGUGUUGGCCUUGGGUACAGUCAUUCUGCAGGAUAUGGGUCAAUUGAGUGGAGUGAUGGGAGUCACAGUGUGAGGAGCCCGGUUGCUGUAACCUGGAAGAGUGGGAUCACGGCUGCCAUGUGACUUCGCAUUUCGGGAUGGUUCGUUUCUCGCCCAUUUCACAAAGCGGAUGGAGCAUUGGAUGUGUGGGCACCUGUUUGGCAUAUCAUGUUUUAACUAGUCAUCUCUCUUGUACAAAUUGAAGAUUCCUGGUUUGCUUUUUCUUUUUUUAGGGGAAGUUUUCAGUUGGCAUGAUGAAAUGGUUGAUUCUGGGUUUUUUAGGUCCUGUAACUUGAUGUUUCUUGCUCAGGCUGGAACAUCAUGUGCCGAAACGCAAAACCCAAUAAUUGCAUCGAAAGUCACUGACUUGUACUGGGAAAGGCAUUGCUGAUAAUUGAUACCAUGAUGCUAAGACAAUCUCCCAUAUAUACCAGAAGUGUGUAGUUUUGUAAGUUGUUGGUAGUGGUAUCUUGGUGAUCAAGUGAAGAUAGUGGUUUUUAACGAUAA